UUUUAAAUGUGCACGCGCUUUCAGUUCUGCCCCCUUUUCUUCUUCAGUGCAUCACGCGUGAAUGUCGAACGCCGCGUAGUUACGGCGAUCUUGCUCGCUUUGAACGGGCCGGCCCGCGCUAUGAAGUGUUGUGCUGUAAACGCGUGCCGCGUUGGCUCCAGGGACCGCAGCAGGUAUUGACGGCCUACAAUGUACUUGUACCGCACGCCGCCGCCGCGCAGGUUCUUGUUUCGCGAGAAUUCGGCGUCCAGAGGUCAAACUCGCGAUGUUUACCAGUUCGCCACCGCGAGCCCGAACAGGCACCUCAUUAGCGGGCUGCCGAACAGCGACGCGACUAGAACGAGUUCGAUACUUGCCCGUUACCACCACGGUACGAGCGCCGCGAGUGCUCCCGAUCCUUUCAAGCGAUUGCGAAACUGCUUUGGUGUGAUCAUAAACCGACCGCAUCGCAGGGAGUUUGAGGAUGAUGAUGAUGAGCGAAGCCUGUUGGCCGACACGAUCGAGCCCCCAACAUUCUCACCGUUGGGUCGAACGGGGCCACCGGAGCCAUUGCACCAGAACAAGAAGCUCAGAUGGGACCACAAGGUGAAUCUGAUUGGUGAGAAGCUCAUCAACCCAAUGAUCCACUGCUGUGACAAAUGCACCCUGCCCAUCUUGACUUACGGUCGGAUGAUACCGUGUAAACAUGUGUUUUGCUAUGACUGUGCUAAAAAGGCUGACAAGACGUGUUACAGGUGCAACGACAAAGUUCAGCGCCUCGAGCAGAGCAACCUUGGGACAGUGUUCAUGUGUACCUAUGGUGGGAGUCGCCAGGGCAAGGAUUCUUGUCGACGGACAUACCUGAGCCAGCGGGACCUGCAGGCCCACAUCACCCAUCGCCACCUCAAGGGCGCAGCCUCGGCAGCAGCUGUCGCUGCAGCGGCCUCACAGUCGUCUGCGUUGUCGCACGGCCUGCCCUCUCAGCAGCAGCAGCAGCAGAUGGCAGCAAUGGUGGCGAGCCACCCGCCGCCACCGCAGCAUCUCAUGGUUCGCGACCCCCGGCAGCACCCGCCACCGGUGUCACAGCACCCGCCCCCGCCCCUUGAAGUCUCCCGCACCAGCGUCCUGCAGCAGCCACAGCAACAGCCUCAGCAGCAGGCACCACCCCCGCCCCCCCAGAAGGCCCUGCCACCCGAGUACCGAGACAUGCCGCCACCCGUGAUGGCGAGCCAGCAGCCACCACCGCAGCAGAUGGUGGCACCGCCACCCCGGGCAUACCAGAACCAGCAGAACCCCACCGUCAGCAGACCAAACCUCAUCACCGUCCAGAUUCAGGACGACAGCCACAAGAGGGCUGCCGCAGCAGCCGCAGUGGCUGCAGCGGCAAGCGCCGCAACAACAAACAUGCCGCCUCCGCAGAUGCCUCCCCCGCCACCGCAGUACGCCCCACAGCCACCGCACAUGAGCCAACCACCCCCACCUCAGCAGUCGUACCCACCACCACAGGCUCCCGCGGCUCCACCCAUGGCCUACAAUCCUUCGCAGCCUCCGUACACGCAAGGCCUGCCCCCGCCUGCCACGUACAAUGCCUCGGCUCCGCCACCUCCGCCGCCCCCGGCUCGUCCGCUUCCGCCACAGUUUGUGCACCAGCCACCACCCCAAUUUGCGCACCCACCACCCCCGCAGCCACCACGAUUCACAACGGCCAUGUCUUACGAGGAGCAGAGCCACCCGCCCACAUUUCACUGGAGCAACACGACCAGCAUGCCACCUCCAAGGCCCUCGUCGGUCAUGCCGCCCCGGCCCAUCACCGGGCCACCACCCCCGUCAACACCUCCGGGAGCCAUGAUGCAGCAGCGGACAUGUGCGGAGCCACAAUUUCCUUACUACAGCCAGUGAGCACACACCAAGAGCUGUAUGUCAGAGGUUUUCAUUGAUUCAUGACGCCACUGCAUAUGUGAAGGGGAGCCACAGCUUCCCUGCUGGAGCCAGUGAGUGCGCAUUAAAAGAGCUGUAUCAUUCUAUGGUGCAUGUUGCUCAUUGGUGCCAUUGUCUUGGUGAAAGCAGCGCUUUGCAGUACAUUUUCUCUAUUACACAUGCAAGAACCUUCCUCUUAAAACGCAUCGUAGUUAUUUCGUGAAGGACCUCAAAUGCCGCCCUACACUUGGAAGGACAUGCUGGAAAUGACCAUUGUAAGGGGCUUUGCGAACUUGAGUAACUUCUUUCAAAAGACUUCUGUUUUAUGCUUCUAGUAGACCAAUUGCAGACUUUGCCAAAGAAUGUGACUUUCUCUUGGAAGAGCGUGCUUUUCUUUCAAGUGAAUUCUGACUUGUGCGAGGCUUAGGGCAUGAAAUUGCAGUGCAUGGUAGCUGUAUUAAUAGAGAUAUGAAAGCCGGUGGGAGCAUUCCGACACAUUGAAGCUCCAGUGAGACGGAACAGUGGCUGUUGCAUCCUGCACACACAUGCACAAGAACGAAUGUGUGAUUAGAAAAGAUGACCUGUUGCAAACAAAGACAAGGCAAUUCAAAUCUGUUAAUUUGUCUUCAUCCUUUACCUCAUUGCCAUCUUGUGUAUGACAUAGUUGGAACUGUUGAAGGUUGUAUUUGUCAUCACGGUUUUAUUUUUAAAAUGGUGACAGUGUGUUUUAUUUUUCCAUGCACAAAGUUUCAUUGUUGUCAAGCAUUCACUGUUUGGGUGAGUUGUACAUAGCAUCCAUAGACUGAUGAUAUGGACAAAAAGACGCACAAAGUUUUGUUGUAAAGCAUUUGCUGUUUGGGUGGCUUGUACAUAGUGCCCAUAGACUGAUGACGGACAAAAGACCACCUUGUGAACACAAACAAAAGUAUCUAUUGUUGUGACUUGACGAUUGAUGCAAACUGAAACGCCAAGGUAUGCUGUACAUUCGUGGCAUGUGUAUGCAAAGCCUGGGCAUGGCUACAUUUGGGACAAUAGCAGCGAUAUGGUGUGAACUUAUGCAACUGGAGCUCUUAGAUGAUAGCAUACGUUGUGUUGGAAUGUGUGCAAGAACAGCUGCUAAAACAAAAUAACUUGGAAAAGAAAUGUGGUCUUGGCAGUUGCUCACAGUAGUCUGAAAAUCCCAUGCAACUCCGCAAUGUAAAUAGGAAUUUGUGUGCUGCAAGAGAGUUAGCUGCAAGGAAAGAUGUCUCGCUCCUUUUGGAACUUGCACGCUUUGAAAUUCUUGUCCGUUCAUGUGUGAAAUGGUACGCAGAUACGCACUGUGAAGUUCACAACAGCCGAAGUUUCUUCAAUUUGGUCAGGGGUGUUCAAAUACAGUCGAACCCACUUAUAACAAUAUUCAAGUGCCAUGAAAAUUGCAAUUGUCAUAACCAAUAAUUGUUAUUGCUGGGUUGCAUGAAAAAAAAUCUGAAUAGGGGGAUGGCAGAGCUGUUGUAAGAAAACUAUAAUGGUGGGGAGGCCAGUGCCCCUCCCCACCACCUUCCUCCAUCUGGCUGCUGACUGUUAAUUCAUUUAACUGCUACUUGGGUGCUCCGAUUGCUUGUAACAAGCUGCGGCUGUCGGCGUUACAGGGCCCCUCACUAGUCCCCAUUGCAAAUUUUGGUUAUAUGCUGGAAGUUGUUACGUGUCAUCUAGGAAGUGUUCUGCCGCAAAAAAUUCGUCAAACCGGCUCUUUAAUAGCCUAGAUAUAGAUAUUUCAGUAGGCGAGCUCCACUGCGUAGUGAGUCUCUCUCCCCUCGCCCCGUCUAGCCUCCGCAAGCGAAAUUCCUUCCCUGUGUUCUCCCAUGCUGGACCUCGAGGAUCGCGUGACAUAUACGUCACGGGCCCCACCUUCACCUCUUUUCUCCUAGCUUUUUUUGUUUUUCGGCGAUACACACUUCUGCUGGCGCCGUUGUGUGCGAGCUGUUAUCGUUUCGCGCAGCGCACGAUUUUGCGCACUGUGCACAAGGACACAUGACUAGUGGUAUAAAUCAGUGCUACGCGAAUACUUAGGCAGAACAAGUGGAUUGCAGAGCAUGAUCACGUGCGCUUGAACAUGGUAGAAAACAGCACAGUUUUGGUACCUGCGUACAUGACCACGUGACCGUGGGAACAAGCAGACGAAACGGAAGUAGAUCUCUCUUGCUUCGGUGCGAAGUAAAGCAAAAAACACGCAGACAUUCCGUUUGUGUGUUUUAUUAUUUCUCUAAAUUUCAAUUCGUCAAUUCAAGCAACAGAUCACACAGAUAGGAGAUGUUGCCUUGAAUAAUUCUCGAAGUCUCGUGUCGCCACGAGCAACGUCACACUGCGGACAUGACUACAUAGGCGCAGGUACACGAGUACGUCAUCCUCCGGCUUGGAGCGCGGCGGCUGCGAGGAGAAGGAAAAAUGACAUUCGGUUUGAAAUUUCAGAUCUUUCCAUGGUCCGUAGCGAUGUAAUACUUUGCAGACACGACCGUUAUCGCGCAAUGUGUGCUUUGCUCUUGUCAGCUCAAGAUGGCCAGACCUGGUGAGGGGCCCUUUAAAAAAUGGCACUGCUAUAACAACUGCAAAGAGGGGUCACGGGCGGCAAGCGCUAUGCGAGCUCUGCCAAGGCAUCGCUUUGGUAGCCCUAAAAGGGGCCUUUUAAAAAAUGUGAGAAAGUUGUAAAAUGUGAGAAAGCCUGUAAGCUUGAAAAUCCAGAAGAAAUGCUGAGGCGAGAUCGGCACAAGCAUCUCGCCACAUACUUCUCACUGGCUUGCAGAAAACCCUAUGUCCGUCGGCCUUGCAGGCUUUAGGCGAAGCUUGCCGACAACCUUCUGCAAGGCAUCCAGGCGUUCCACGUAGUGCAGCGGGAGGUUCCUCACAGAAACAAAGCACUGGAGGGACUGAAUCAUCUGCCGGGCCUCCUGUGAGGACAACGUUGAGGCAGCCUGCCCUACCAUGUCAUCGUUGCCAUUGCUAUCCGAUGCAGGCACAUUCGCGGCGAUCGCCUUGUCGGUUAGAAGCACCUAGUUUCCAAAUCUAUAGCCGUGCGCUUUCUUUUCACCGGCAACAUUGUGCAUUGCUGAUGAUCGGUGGGCGGAUCAGCCGUUUUCCACUUCAGCGGCAAGUCAAACGAGGCUUAGAGACCACAUGGCCAGAAAUGAUCUUGAUGCAACUAACAAGGAUGAACGCGAGCGAUUAAGCUGUUUGCUGAACUGCGCUGAGUAAGGAGCCAGCGAACAAUCUUUGGAGCAGCGCAGUUGGCGUUGUCCAUUCGCGUUUCACAGGGUGGUGUGGCGUAAAGCUAUGGGCGCAGCACAUUCGUGUUCAGGGAGGUGGAAAGGCGAUGGGAGAGGGGCGCGUCGAGAAGGCUGGAAAACGAGUGCGCGGCGGUUGUUCGGGCAGCGGGCCAUCAUUCAGCGGCUCGAAUUUCUAAUUUCCUUUCUUUUCAAGGAUUCCACAUUUCACUACCCUUCGGCAUGGACAUCCAGGAGCCAGAAUUCAUAGUUAUAACCGAUAAUGCGGCACCAGGGCAUUGUAGUAAGCGGGUUAUCUUUAGUUGGGGACGGUGCAGCAGCUUCUCAUUGUUGUAACUGAUAUAUAGUUAAAACUGGCAGUGUUAUAAGUGGGUUUGAUUGUAGUGAAAAUUUCAAAUCAAAUCAAACAUGAUUAUAAGAGA